GUGAUAUUGUCAUUGUCCAACUAUCCACCGUCGUACAAACCGGCAGCAGCACCAGAGUGGUAGAAUAUAAAUCUUCCUCUCGUUUUUUAAGUUUCUGUUUUCGCUAACUUUGGAUUACGUUGUUCCUACGUACGCUACGUCCAGAUUCCAGAAAUACUCGUAUCUUCACUUUAACGUGACCAGAAUUUAAUUAUAGUUGUUGUUGCUUUCGCAUCAGGAACAUCUUAUUCGCCUUUUAAGCCGAAACUCAAAAACUUAAAGCUCAAAAAUGAAAUUCACCCUUGGAUUGUGCAUUUUGGCUUGUGCCCUAGCAAUUGCCUCAGCUGCAAGUACUUACACUACCAAGUUCGAUAACUUUGAUUUGGACAUGGUUUUGAAUAACAAACGAGUCCUGGCCAACUACAUUAAAUGUUUGAACGACAAGGGACCAUGCACAAACGAAGGACGUGAAUUGAAAAAACUUCUUCCUGAUGCUUUGGCUAGUGAUUGCUCCAAGUGUACUGAAACCCAAAAGAAGAAUGCCGAUAAGGUAGUUUCACAUUUCCGUAAGAAUCUUCCAGCUGACUUUGAUAGUUUGUUGAAGAAAUACGACCCAAAGGGUGUCUACAGGGCAAAGCACCAUUUGUAAAUAAUUAAUUAAAGCUUCAAAUUUGUAUACAAAUUCUGUUUGUAAAUUUUGUAAAAAAAAUAUAAAUAAAUUGUUUUUUGUUUAGAUCUUGAUCAUAAAAAGAA